AUGAAGGCAACAAAGAUUUAUUGUGUGGCUGCGCUAGCACUUGUGGCCCUCCUUUUGGCGCUGCCCACUGCCCGGGGCUUCACAUUUGAAGUGGAGGCGCACAAGGUGGAGUGCUUCUACGAGAGCGUGCCCAUCGGCGCCCCUGUCAACAUCCGCUACCAGGUCAUCAAGGGUGGUUUUCUGGAUGUGGACGUGAACAUGUACGACCCGAACCGUAGGCUGAUCUACGAGGCCGAGCGCGAGACCGAGGGCAGCUUCGCCUUCUCGGCCGAGAGCAACGGCGACUACCAGAUUUGCUUCAGCAACCGCAUGUCGACACUCACCCCCAAGACUGUCAGCAUGUUCGUCAUCGUGGGCAAGGCCCCCAAGAAGGGCGCCAACGCCGCGCUCGAGCCGCUCGAGGCCGAGAUCCGCCAGAUCUCCCAGGGCGUCGAGGAACUUAAGAACGGACAGAACUACCUGAAGAAUCGCGAGAUGGCGAGCAGGGACACGUCGGAGAGCACCAACGGGCGGGUGCUGAUGUUCAGCGUGGUGGAGGCCCUGGCCCUGAUCGCCGUCAGCGCCUACCAGAUCCACUCCCUCAAGAGCUUCUUCGAGGUCAAGCGCACCAUCUGA